CCGAGGCCCGAGCGCCCCGCAGGGGCUGCGGGUCCGGGCGCCAUGUGCGGACCCUGAGGCGCCGUGUGGUCUCGUGGAGCGCUCUGGCGUCCCCGAGGGGCUCCGCGCCGCGAACUGAAGCCAAGCGCUUUGUAAUCCCGGAAGCGCUUUGCAUCUCGGGGAUCGCGGAAGCACGUCGUGGGGCUGGAAAGCAACCCCGCGCCCGUAGGGAGCCUCGGAUCGUUGUGACUACGGCGAAGCGCGCUGGGGUCUCGGGAAGCCUGAGCACUGUGAUGGGCAGUGGAAGGAAGGGGGAGAGGUGCCCAUGGCGUCGGAGCGGCGCAAGGUCAAGUACCACUGGAGCGGCGCCUCGGAAGGCUGUCCCCGCAAGCGCAGCUGCCUCCGGGAGCCCCGUGAUGUGGCCCCCUCCAGCCGGCCGGCUCCGAGCUCUGCGUCGCGGGCCGGAGGGACCAGCAGCCCCAAGCGCCUGAGAGCCCAGAAGGAGGACGAUGUGGCCUGCACGCCGAGGUUGCCCUGGGGCUCGUCCUGCCGCAGAAAUUCCUCCUCCUCCUCCUCGUCCUCCUCGCAUUCCUCCGGCCCAGGUGUGGGCGGGGCUGCCGCCCGAGGCUGCCUGAUUCGGAGUACCCGGGGAUUCCUGUCGUCUGGGGGAUCCCCUCUUCGCCCUGCCAGCCCCUCUCCACAAGAAAUGGCUUCUCUAGAGGAGGAAGCCUGCAGCCUUAAGGUUGAUUCAAAAGAUAGUUCCCGUAACUCCAUGAACUCUGAAUUUGCAGCUGAAGCAGAGGGUCAGAAUGAUACAAAUGAGGAGCCAAACAAGGUGCAGAAAAGGAAGAGAGAUAGAUUUCGAGACCAAGGCUCUACAGUCAUUUACCUAAAGGCUAUCCAGGGCAUCCUGGGGAAGUCAAUGCCAAAAAGGAAGGGAGAGGCUGCCACGAGGGCAACAACAAGCACAGGAGAGCGUCCCAUCCGUGGAGAAGGGCCAGGCAGGAGUGUCACCGUAUCUCCUCAGAAGGGGAAAGAGUCAGCCCCAGAGGUGAGAGCUGAGGACGAAAAGGCUGUGCCUGAGAGGAGCAGCUUCUGUGACAGGAGAGUGGUAAUAGACCCUCAGGAGAAGCCUAGUGAGGAGACACCUGGUGACCGAAGGACAGUCAUUGACAAGCCCUCUCCAGCCCUGGAGUUUCUGGAUGACUCUGACUCUCAUUUAGAAAGCCACAAGCCUAAAGAAAGGGAGGUGGUUAUAGAGCACACCUCUUCAGGAAGUGACUGGUCUGACGUGGAUGAGGUCUCCACAGUCAGAUUCUCUCAGGAGGAGCCCAGCUCGCUGAAACUCUCCACAGUUCCAGAGCCUUCUGCCUUCCCCACUGACUAUGUCAUGUACCCGGCUCAUUUGUACAGUAGUCCAUGGUGUGACUAUGCCAGUUAUUGGACCAGCAGCCCCAAGCCUUCUGGUUAUCCCUCCAUGGGCAGCAGCAGCGACCCACUGCAGGCAGGGAGGAGCAGCCGGGGCCUCCUGAGUGAUUAUUCCCCUAACUCUAGAGUGAGCUCCCAGAACACCUCUAGAGACCAGGAUGUGACAGAGGAAGGCAGAUCCCAGAACACUCGUUCAUUUCGUUUCUCCAGAAGCUCAGAAGAAGAGGUGAAGGAAAAAAGAGCACUCCAGGAGGAGGCGGUACCUCGCUCCUGUGGAGGACUUGCAUCUAGCUCCCUGCCAAGGAACCAUCGGGAGUCAGGCCUCGAGGAGGGUUUCAUUGAUACCCACUGUCACUUGGACAUGCUGUAUUCCAAGUUGUCUUUCAAAGGGUCCUUUACCAAGUUCAGAAAAAUUUAUAGCAGCUCCUUCCCGAAGGAAUUUCAGGGCUGCAUCUCUGACUUCUGUGAUCCUCGGACACUGACAGAUUGCCUGUGGGAGGAGCUGUUGAAAGAGGAUCUGGUCUGGGGGGCCUUUGGCUGUCAUCCUCAUUUUGCACGUUACUACAGUGAGAGUCAAGAAAGAAAUCUUUUGCAAGCACUAAGGCACCCCAAGGCUGUGGCAUUUGGGGAAAUGGGCUUGGAUUACUCGUAUAAGUGCACUACGCCUGUCCCAGAACAGCACAAGGUGUUCGAGAGACAGCUACAGCUGGCUGUGUCUCUGAAGAAGCCCUUGGUGAUCCACUGCCGAGAAGCUGACGAAGAUUUGCUGAACAUCAUGAAAAAAUUUGUGCCCUCAGACUACAAGAUCCAUAGGCACUGCUUCACCGGCAGCUACCCAGUCAUCGAGCCCCUGCUGAAGCACUUCCCCAACAUGUCUGUGGGCUUCACUGCAGUCUUGACUUACUCCUCGGCCUGGGAGGCCCGGGAAGCUCUGAAGCAGAUCCCGCUGGAGAGAAUCAUUGUGGAAACGGAUGCUCCCUACUUCCUGCCCCGACAGGUUCCCAAAAGCCUCUGCCAAUAUGCUCACCCAGGCCUGGCCUUGCAUACAGUUCGAGAGAUUGCGAGGGUCAAAGAUCAGCCUCUCUCCCACACCUUGGCCACCCUGCGUGAGAACACCAGCCGCCUCUACAAUCUUUAAGCAGAGAGGGUACGUCAGGAGAAAAAGGACGACCAGUGGCCUGACGGAAGAUGGGUCCCAGGUCAAGGAUGUGUCUGGAGAGCCCAGUGGAAUGGAGGAAAGAGGACAGGAUAUUUGCCUUGAAGUCCCAUCAGAAGUCUUUACUUGGGGCUGGUGGGAGGGGUGGGGUGCAGUGGAGCGGGAUGCCAGUGAGUUUCCCUCCAGGUCAGUGGAGAAGGAGGAGGCUGAGAGGAGGGCACAGUGUGUCUGCCAAUCCCGACCCCUGUGCUCUGCAGUCUGCUGUUUUGAGCAUUCUUCACACACGCCUUCCUCCUCGUCUGAGUACGUGUUGGUGUGUAACUCGGCUCCUGGUGGUUCUCAGUUCUAAAAAUGAACUCCCAGGCAGGACAUCUCCUCUGGGGGACAUUGGCUGGACUCCCUGUCUCGGAGACUUAUGGUCCCGCCACCUCGAAGUUGUCCCCCUCCCUUCCUGGGUUAAGUCUCCAGUUUGGCUGCUGGCCUCACUGGUUCCACUACCUCCAGUAUGGAGGGGCUGGGGGACUCUCAUUUUCCAGGGGACGUCCUGGUCACUGGAGAUUGAGCCAGACUGGGGGACUCAAGGAAGAGAAGCCGGAGAAGUUGUUUCUGUUUACCGGUGCCCGCAGGGCUGCAGCUCACUUGUGUUAAACUGCUAAGGGUCCAGUCUGCAGCAGAUGCGACCUCUGAGUCCACCAUUGGGGGUCUCAGCUGCCCGUUGCUCUAUUUUGGCUCCAUUCUCCUGGAACAUUGGACCAAGAAUACUUCUGCUUCACCCCAUGUAACAUCCCCUUGUGUGCCCCACCCAGGUUGAGCGAUAAACCAGUUUAAUUCUUCAAAACUCUGCUGGGGCCACGCAGCCCUGGCCUUCUGCCUAUGCAGAGCAAGCAGGCCUGGAGUCUGCUCUCCAGUCCCCUCCCAGGGCUCUCCUCGGCCUUUGCGUCGUCUGGUCCUUUCUCUGUUGGAAGUGAGUUUCUUGGGUCAUCAGGGUCUAAGCUCUGUUCUGUUCCCUGCUGGUAUAUCUGUUAUAGGCCCUGGAGGGUUAUAAUGGUUAGGGGUUAAGUGUGAGGACACUCUGCACUUUGUCCAAAAGGAUCCUUUACCCCAAUCUCCCACUGUGAGACAGGACACCCUGAGUCCCCCUGUUUCUUGGAGGCCAGAAGCUUAAACUGAUUUCUCCAGGUGUUUUCGGAAGGUGCAUUUGAGCCUUUUAAGUGCAAAGGGAAUGGACUCAACACUUCCUAUCCAUAUUUCUGUCUUGUACCCACGUCACUGGCCUGGAAAGCAGGCCUUGAUUCAGUCAACCCUCCGUGGAUCAGCUGUGUGUUGUCUGUGCCUCCUGUUUGCCCACGGGGAAUCGGGCUUGUUCUCCUGCCUGGUGGAAUUGGAGGACUCAGCAUUUCAGAGUGCUUUAUUGUCACCCAGAUGAACUGCAGUCUGUCCAUUCACUUCACCACGAGCCCCAUAAGUCAUUACAGCCCAUGCUGGCAACUGACUGGCCCUGUGCCGGAGGGUUCAGGGUGAGGACUGAAUGGGUGUUCCCAAUCCUGUGCGGCCUCCCGGCCAAUGGUAAAGCACAAGGUGCUACAUACUUUCACCUCUAGGAUUUAAGAUGGCCAUUUCUGCGUGUCACACAGUGAAACACGACCUGUGUGGGCACAAAAGCCGGUGGGCAUUGUUUUUGAUUUGAUUUUUGGCUGGCUGAUGUGAUCGUGUGUGCUGUGCUGCCGGAAUGCCUCUGUAUCUGCCCCCACCCCAUGCCCCUUUUGGCCAUCUCUUUCUGAAAAUAAAGUGAUUGGUCUUCAGCCA